AUGCAGCGAGCAUUGUCAUCCACAGCGCGGGCAUCCUACUCCCGGUUACGGCCAUCGAGUUUCAAUGUACAACAGCUUCGAUUUGCGCACAAGGAGUUGAAAUUCGGUGUUGAGGGCCGCGCAGCUUUACUGAACGGCGUCGACACCCUCGCAAAGGCCGUAGCUACAACCCUCGGACCGAAGGGCAGGAACGUCUUAAUAGAAUCGAGCUAUGGGUCACCGAAGAUCACAAAGGAUGGUGUCACCGUUGCCAAAGCUGUCACAUUGAAGGACAAGUUCGAGAACCUCGGCGCCCGCCUUAUCCAAGACGUGGCAUCGAAAACGAACGAGGUUGCCGGUGAUGGCACCACCACCGCUACCGUCCUUGCGCGCGCCAUCUUCUCCGAGACCGUCAAGAACGUCGCUGCAGGAUGCAACCCGAUGGAUUUGAGGAGGGGUACACAGGCCGCCGUCGAUGCGGUCGUUGAUUAUCUACGGAAGAACAAGCGGGACAUCACAACUAGCGAGGAAAUCUCCCAAGUCGCCACUAUCUCCGCCAAUGGCGAUACGCACAUUGGCAAGCUCCUGUCAAACGCCAUGGAGAAGGUUGGCAAGGAGGGUGUCAUCACUGUGAAGGAGGGCAAGACUAUCGAGGACGAGCUCGAGGUCACCGAGGGCAUGAAGUUCGACCGUGGCUUCAUCUCGCCCUACUUCAUCACCGACGCCAAGGCACAGAAGGUGGAGUUUGAGAAGCCGUUGAUCCUCCUCUCCGAGAGGAAGAUCUCAGCUGUCCAGGACAUUGUCCCCGCUCUCGAGGCCUCGCAGCAGCUCCGCCGGCCGCUCGUCAUCAUCGCUGAAGAUGUCGAUGGUGAGGCCCUUGCUGUCUGCAUUCUUAACAAGCUCCGCGGCCAGCUUCAGGUCGCUGCCGUCAAAGCUCCAGGCUUCGGAGACAACCGCAAGUCCAUCCUUGGCGACCUUGCUGUCCUGACCAACGGUACCGUCUUCUCCGACGAGCUUGACAUCAAACUCGAGAGGGCUACCCCGGAUAUGCUCGGCUCCACUGGCUCCAUCACCAUCACCAAGGAAGACACCGUCAUCCUCAACGGCGAGGGUAGCAAGGAUGCAGUUGCCCAGCGCUGCGAGCAGAUCCGCGGCGUCAUGAGCGAUCCCAGCACCUCCGAGUAUGAGAAGGAGAAGCUCCAGGAGCGUCUCGCCAAGCUUUCGGGUGGUGUCGCUGUCAUCAGGGUUGGCGGCGCCUCCGAGGUGGAGGUCAGCGAGAAGAAGGACCGUAUAGUCGACGCUCUCAACGCCACGCGCGCUGCCGUUGAAGAAGGCAUCCUUCCCGGCGGUGGCACUGGCCUGCUCAAGGCAGCCGCCAACGCUCUCAACGACGUCAAGACCGCCAACUUUGAUCAGCAACUCGGCGUCAGCAUCGUCAAGAGCGCCAUCACCCGUCCGGCACGCAUGAUCGUCGAGAACGCCGGCACCGAGGGCAGCGUCGUGGUCGGUAAGCUCAUGGACGAGUUCGGCUCGGACUUCAACAAGGGCUACGACAGUGCCAAGGGCGAGUAUGUCGACAUGAUCUCCGCCGGUAUCCUUGACCCCUUCAAGGUUGUGCGGACGGCGCUCGUUGAUGCCAGCGGCGUAGCGUCGCUACUCGGCACGACCGAGGUGGCGAUCGUGGAGGCGCCAGAGGAGAAGGGCCCGCCGGCCGGUGGUAUGGGCGGUAUGGGAGGUAUGGGUGGCAUGGGCGGCGGCAUGUUCUAG